AUGAACAUAUAUCUUAAUUUACCAAAAGAACUUUUAUCCCUUAUCAUCAAAUACAUUAAUGAUAAUUCGAAAAUUGAACAAUUAUUCAAAAUACCAGCUUUACAACAAUAUGCUUUAGAAGAGAGGUACUCUAAAUUUAAGCUCAAUGGAGAUGACAAUUCAGGAGAUGGAUCUAUAAAGAAAUUGCAAACACUAUACAAGAAAUACAAUUUCAAACCUCACAGAAUCAUUGGAGACACAGCAAACAUUAAUAAAUUGAUUGACGCUAAAUUACCUGAAGUUGAAAACAAGAAUACAUUGAAAAAAAGGAGACAAACCAGAUCACAUGUUAAAGGAUUAGGCUCAGAAAAUAAACUAAUUGACUAUAGUCAUGUUGAUUUUGAAAUUUUGCAUACACCUUUCGAUGAAGUUCUGGAACUUGAAAAUAUUUUCAAAAAUGUUAAUAUUGUUCUGAUUGAUAUAACUAGUUAUGAUUCUAUUGCAAAGUAUCUCACCUCGAAUAAUGAAAAAGAACUCGAAACACUUUUGGAUAUAAUUCAAACAAGUCAAUUGGAGUCUUUAACUACUGUCUUUCUGAAUCGGUUUACUGUAAUGUUCCCAACUUCUUUGAAAAAUUUAAAACUUAUUCUUGAAGGUAAGAAUGUUAGACCUGAUCUAAGUGAUUUGAUUAAUCUUGAAUCUUUUUGUGGAAGUGACCUUAAUGGAUUUGACUCAUUGGAUUAUAUCCAAUUACCCAAAUCUAUCAAAAACUUGAAGCUUAAUAAAUGUCGCAUACCAGAUUUAGGGGAUAUGAAACAAUAUUCGAAUUUAAGGUCUUUGAUAAUGGACCGUAGUGAUGCACUUUUUGAAGUCAUGAAAAGUUCUUUUCCCAAUACACUAGAAGUUAUAAAAAUUAUCAACACUACACCGGACGAAAAAAUUGUUGAAAUAUUUAGAGCGGCGGAAGAAGGAACUAAUGCUCAAUUCGAAAGAUCAGAUUUUUCUCAUGACGGUAAAUUUUUUUUAAUAGGUGACAAUUUCAAACCACCCCCAAAACUACAAGUAUUACAUAUUGAUGAUCGAUGGAAAAACAUGAAAAUCGAACGCCUUCUAAAACUACAAACGCUCAAUAGCUUUAUUUUGAGAAACAUGGAAAGUGUUGAUUUAAAGCAAGUUUUAUCAUCUUUGCCGAAAACUAUGUACAAGAUUGAAAUUACUGAUUGUACUAUAACAAAUAUAGGAAGCGAUUUAAUUUUUCCUGAACUGAAACAUAUCAUAUUUACUUGUAACAAGCCUAAUAAUGUUUUUAGAUCAAACAUGAAUCACCUUAAGGAAUUGAGGGAAUUGGAAUUGACAUGUAAUCGCUUUGGUCAUAACUACGACUAUACUAGACUUGACGCUUUUGAACUUUUGACUCAUGAUAAUGCUAGUAUUGGUAAAUCUGGUGGUAAAUCUGGUGGUAAAUCUGGUGGUAAAUCACGGGGAAAGCUUGUUAAAAAAAACAAAGAUGAGGUGAAUGAUAUUAUGACUUUUGAGACACCUGCACUAGAAGAUUUGUAUUUACACAACUCAAUUCUAUACCGAUUUGACAGAAGAAAACCAGAUAUGGAAAAAAGACUCAAUUUACUCCCAACUCAAAUAUCAAUAGAAGAAUGUACAAACUUGAAAAGAUUAAGUAUUAAAAAUUCGACUGUCCGAACAUUAGAUCUUAAUGCAUUUCCAAAUUUGUUAGUUUACUUAAAAAUCAUCGGUACCAGAUUGAACUUAAUCCAAGGUGAAUUUAAGAUUUUGAAUAAAUUGGAAAAAUUGGACUUGAGGGAAGAUGAAAUUAAUUACGCGAUGUUAGCAAAUCAAACUUUUCCACAAAGUUUGAUAUCAUUAGACUUAUCAGAGAAUGUAUUCGAAGACUUGAGGUGUUUAUACUUGGACAACUGUGUUAACCUACGCAAUUUGAUCUUAUUGAAAGUGACUGAUCUGCAUGAACCAAAAGGUGCUAAUGAGUUGAAAAAUGUGUUUCUUAAAUUAGUCCUGGAUGCUGAUAAGAGCCAUGCAAUUGUUAAAAACAUUAGAACAAAAAUUAUAUUUGAGAUAAUCGAUGGUGUUGAAAAAGUCAGAGGUCGUCGAAAAGGAUCCAAUAAAAGGAAAAGGAUCGAAGGUGAUUCAGAGUAA